UUGCUUUUCGAGCGUUCCCGGUUCUCUAGACCAGAUCCCCGUCCCUUCCCCUUCUACUCUUUGGCUCCAUGAAAACGGCCAUCCUUCUACUACGUCAGGAACGAAACCAACUUUCCACACGGAGAACAAGACCGUGGGCCUCCCCGCACACUUCGGCGCCGGCGGCUGCGCGCGCAGCUGCUCCGCUGCCCCGCCCCUUCCGCCGCUCGAGCGCAAGCACGGCAGCCUCGGCGCGCCCGGGUUGGCUGCCCCGGCGGCUUCCACGGCAGUAAUGGCUUCUCUGAUGUGAUAGUUUCCCCCGCCCCCUCGCGUAGGACGCGGCGGUGGGGCGGCGGUGGAAAGCUCAACUUUAUUGUUCCCCCGGCCCACCUCCCGGCGCGUCCUCAGGAUGCUCGGGAGCUGAGCGCCGGGGGCGGCGGAGGGUCGCGGUUCGUCCCGGCCCUCGCCUCAGAGCACAGGGCCAAGGGAGGGAGGGAGUCACGAUGUCAGGUAGCCGCCAGGCCGGUUCGGGUUCCGCUGGGACGAGCCCUGGCUCCUCAGCCGCCUCCUCGGUGACUUCCGCCUCCUCGUCCUUAUCCUCGUCUCCGUCGCCGCCUUCCGUGGCGGCCUCGGCGGCGACGCUGGUGUCCGGCGGGGUAGCUCCAGCCGCGGGCUCCGGCGGCCUCGGCGGCCCGGGGCGGCCUGUGCUAGUGGCGGCCGCGGUGUCUGGCAGCGCGAGCGCCGGCGGGGCAGUGUCCGCGGGCCUGUCCCGGCUCAGCUGCGCUGCCAGGCCCAGCGCCGGCGUUGGAGGGAGCAGCUCCAGCCUCGGCAGCAGCAGUAGGAAGCGACCUCUGAUCGCCCCGCUUUGCAACGGGCUCCUCAACUCCUACGAGGACAAAAGCAACGACUUCGUCUGCCCCAUCUGCUUUGAUAUGAUUGAGGAGGCAUACAUGACAAAAUGUGGCCACAGCUUUUGCUACAAGUGUAUUCAUCAGAGUUUGGAGGACAAUAAUAGAUGUCCCAAGUGUAAUUAUGUUGUGGACAAUAUUGACCAUCUCUAUCCUAAUUUCUUGGUGAAUGAACUCAUUCUCAAACAGAAGCAAAGAUUUGAGGAAAAGAGGUUCAAAUUGGACCACUCAGUGAGUAGCACCAAUGGGCAUAGGUGGCAAAUAUUUCAAGAUCUGCUAGGAACUGAUCAAGAUAAUCUUGAUUUGGCUAAUGUCAACCUCAUGUUGGAAUUACUAGUGCAGAAGAAAAAACAACUGGAAGCAGAAUCACAUGCAGCUCAGCUACAGAUCCUUAUGGAAUUCCUCAAGGUUGCCAGGAGAAAUAAGAGAGAGCAAUUGGAACAGAUCCAGAAGGAACUAAGUGUUUUGGAAGAGGAUAUUAAAAGAGUGGAAGAGAUGAGUGGCUUGUACUCUCCCGUCAGUGAAGAUAGCACAGUGCCUCAAUUUGAAGCUCCUUCUCCGUCGCACAGUAGCAUUAUUGACUCUACAGAAUACAGCCAACCUCCAGGUUUCAGUGGGACGUCUCAGACAAAGAAACAGCCUUGGUAUAACAGCACAUUAGCAUCAAGACGAAAGCGACUCACUGCUCAUUUUGAAGACUUAGAGCAGUGUUAUUUUUCUACAAGGAUGUCUCGUAUCUCAGAUGACAGUAGAACUGCAAGCCAGUUAGAUGAAUUUCAAGAAUGCUUGUCCAAAUUUACUCGAUAUAACUCCGUAAGACCGUUGGCCACAUUGUCUUACGCUAGUGAUCUGUAUAAUGGUUCCAGCAUAGUUUCUAGUAUUGAAUUUGACCGGGAUUGUGACUACUUUGCAAUUGCUGGAGUUACAAAGAAGAUUAAAGUCUAUGAAUAUGGCACAGUCAUCCAGGAUGCAGUGGAUAUUCAUUACCCUGAGAAUGAAAUGACCUGCAAUUCCAAAAUCAGCUGUAUCAGUUGGAGUAGUUACCAUAAGAACCUGCUAGCCAGCAGUGAUUAUGAAGGCACCGUUAUACUAUGGGAUGGAUUCACAGGACAGAGGUCAAAGGUCUAUCAGGAGCAUGAAAAGAGGUGUUGGAGUGUCGACUUUAAUUUGAUGGAUCCCAAACUUCUGGCUUCAGGUUCUGAUGAUGCAAAAGUGAAGCUUUGGUCCACCAAUUUAGACAAUUCUGUGGCAAGCAUCGAGGCAAAAGCUAAUGUGUGCUGUGUGAAGUUCAGCCCCUCCUCCAGGUACCAUCUGGCUUUUGGCUGUGCAGAUCACUGUGUCCACUACUACGAUCUUCGUAACACUAAACAGCCAAUAAUGGUGUUCAAGGGGCACCGAAAAGCAGUGUCUUAUGCCAAGUUUGUGAGUGGUGAAGAAAUUGUCUCUGCCUCAACAGACAGCCAACUAAAACUGUGGAAUGUGGGGAAACCAUACUGUCUACGUUCCUUCAAGGGUCAUAUUAAUGAAAAAAACUUUGUAGGCCUUGCUUCCAAUGGAGAUUAUAUAGCUUGUGGAAGUGAGAACAACUCCCUCUACCUGUACUAUAAAGGACUUUCUAAGACUUUGCUAACUUUUAAGUUUGAUACAGUUAAGAGUGUAUUAGAUAAAGACCGGAAAGAAGAUGACACCAAUGAAUUUGUCAGUGCUGUGUGUUGGCGGGCGCUAUCAGAUGGGGAGUCCAAUGUGCUGAUUGCUGCUAACAGCCAGGGUACAAUUAAGGUGCUAGAAUUGGUUUAAAGAGUUUCCUGAAGUCAAAUUGUGUUUGAUCCUCCCAAAAGCCGUCUGCAGCUGAUGAUGAGAAGAGAAAGAAAUGGCAUGUGAUGUCUCUCCCAACGUCGUUUGGAUGUGUUCUGAGUACCUUUUCCCUCCUUUUUGCCUUUGGGACAUUGGGAAUAUCCAGAGAAUUCUCCGCCAUCAGUGUAACUAUGAACUUUGCUGUUGGCAGUGUGGCUAUCUAAUUUUUGUGAUAGGGAAACAAAUUCUUUUAAAUAAAAAUAAAUAACAAAAAAAAAGUUUAUCAAGCCACAGCUGAGCUGGAAACACCUUUGUCAGGUGGAGUGAGAGUCUUUCGAAGAAGUAGCACUUGUGGGCUGUACAGAAUGUUCUGGCUGGGGCUGGAAAGAGGCUCGGUGAAUAAGAGCACUGGCUGCUCCUACAGAGGAUCUGGGCUCAGUCCCCAGAGUCCCCAGCACCUACGUAGCAGCUCACUGCCACUUAUGAUUCCAGUAGAUCUGACCUCCUCUUCUGGCCUCCUUGAGCACCAGGUAUGCAUGUGGUGCACAUACAAACAUCCGGACAAAACGCUCACACAUAAAAAUGAAAAUAAAUCUUAUUUUAAAACAAAGAAAAAUGUACUGGUGAGUAAUUUUAAUGUUGUGUUUCCCAACCCUUUUGGAAUUACACAUAUCAACAUGAACAAAAGAUAAAAUGUGUGGAUUCCUUCCAAUGAACUUAAAGAUUACAAUGAAAAAUUAGAAUAAAGAAUUCCUUUCUGUAUGA